AUGGAAGAAGGCAAACAUCUCCCUGAAGACCAAAAUCCGCCUUUUUCGAACACUCAUCAUGCCGAUUGUCCUGCAUGGGCCAGAGACGUGGACGCUGCUCAAAUCGGAUACCAGUAAGCUUGAGGUGUUCCAAAUGCGUUGUCUACGGCAAAUCCUGGGCAUCUCAAUUCGGGAUCGGGUACGUAACGACACAAUUCGAGCGAGAUGUGACAACCAACCAACAAUUGAGGACCAAAUACAGAAGCGACGAUUGCGCUGGUUUGGACAUGUAUGCAGGAUGAACAUCAAUCGCCUACCUCAUAAACUGCUAUGGCGAGAACGGCCAGCAGACUAGAGGAUUCAACGGACGGCACCGAAGAAAACGUGGAUCAAACAUAUUGACGAAGAACUAAAGCCCCAACAGGUUUUCACGGGAGAGGCCAGGGACAUCGCCACAGAUCGCCGAAGAUAGAAGCAAAUCGUGAAUGACUCGAGUCAGCCAGCGGCACCGACAGCAGCGUAUUGGUUACGGGGAAGACCUGCUUAUCAAGCGCCAGCUACGGAAUAAAGAAGAAGAAGAAGAGUCUUCUUCUUCUUCACGGAUGGAUCACGAUUGUCUUCUGAGAAGACAAUCGUGAUCCAUCCGUUGACUAGUUAUUAUACCACAGUUCUGGGCAGAACGGAUACAAAAAAUACAACAGCGCACUAUGCUCCUAUAGAACGUACAUCUCUUUAACUUGAGUCAUUUUUCGGUUCUUGGGGAAAAGAUCUUAUUCUGAAGAUAAUGAGAAUAAUAAUUCGAAUAUGUUAAAAAUUUGGAACAGAGUGGAGCAAGAAAAUAGAAUGUUUGCAGCAAUGGAAAAAAAACACUCGUCUACAGACGCGGAACUUUUUUCAUUUCCUUCGGCA